UCUUUGCUCUAAAUUUUGCUGCAUUUCCGCUUGCGAUCGACUAAUCGCUCGGCGCCUUGGCCGGCCAACGUCACGAUUGUUCACGAGCGGCGCCAUCCUUUGUCUAAAUUCUCGCGCUCUUUCGCUCCGCUUCAUAUGUUAUUUUACAGCUUUUUGUAAUCCGUUUAUUCGUAUUUUUAUCGAAUUUUUCCGCGUGACUGAAACCGCCGGAUUCGUCGCAAUCACGUCUUCUGAGAAAUCCUGGAGAAAUCGAAGGGUAUGAGAGAUCAUCUUGCAAGAGAAGGAGAAGGAGGUGGAGUCUUCAUCGCCAACAGCCGUCGGCGUCAGUGACAGCUUCCUGGUUAGGCUCGUCUCGCGGCUCAGGCGUCCUCAUUCGCUCUGAGAUACGGCGACAACGACCCCCGUCUGCGUCAUCACAACGCCAUCACGAGACGACGAACGAGCGUGAGCGCCACUGCGGCAGCAGUGGAUGCGAAUUUCUGGGGUGGAGAUCGAGAAGAGAUACAUCAGGUGGAAGUCUCGUAGUGAUUGUAAACGAGCUUCGGGUCCCACCGGUGUCUUCCAUCAGUCAACGUUCACGGCCAUUCUAUGUUUCGGAUAGUCGAUCCACCGCCACCGCCACCUCUCAAUUCCACCAAGCAGAGCGCCAGCGAGUGGAUCUAUAAGAUGUUAUUUCUAUGGUCCAAGGAACCGUCAACUCCUCCAACGGAAACUGCAUCAUCAUCGAAUCGAUGGUUCAUCUGGUUCGCGGCGGCUAUUCUUCUGUGGCGUUGCCGAUAUCGUAUCAGCAGAGCAAUUCAGGCGGCCUCGCCGCUCAAAUUGCUGAAAAGACGUGGAAUAACGAUCAAUCAGAAGAUAUCGUCCGCGAUGAUCCAACAGAAGCGACUCAAUUUGGCGCAGCUGCACAAGCACAAGUCUGUUGGCAUACGACGGGCGAAGCGACUGUGCACCGGGGACGGUCCGCAUGUGUGCAGUUCCGUAUCCUUGAUCGAAGCCGGACCGCAGAUCACCGGGUUCUACAGGGUCACCAGGAGCGGCAGGAUCUACGGGAAAUACACGAACAAAGCCGCCGUUCCGAACGGCGGUAUUUAAGAAAGCCGUACUGACGCCGCGUUUAGAAUUAACGAGCUGUCAAUUGCCAAGUCCUUGUGCAAAUCGUCGUCAUGUCGAUGACGACGUAACUUCGGUAAUCGCGCAAACGUGUCAAGUACUUUUACAUUCGACUCCUUGAACUUAUUCCUUGAAAAUGAAAAAAUUAUUUUUUUUUUUUAAGAGAGAAAGAGACAUUAUUUUUUUUAUAAAGUUUGUAUUUACACACAUUUUUAUAAUAUAAUUUACUUUAAUUUUUUAGGAAAAGAUUUUUUAAGAGACAUGUUUAUAAACGAUUACGAGUUGUCGGAAAUUUUUACACGAAAAAUUGUAAAUAUACGUAUAAAUAGAAUAUUUGUAUUGUAGGUCAAUUAUAUCGCGGGUUGCAUUACAACCCGCUGACACAACGCGCUCGUGCUAAAAAUUAUAACAAACCUCGAAUGCGAUCGAUAAUGUCAUCUCGAAAAAACAAUAUUUUCUGCUAAUCAGUACAAUCUCCGUCCACACACUCUCGGCGGAGAAAAGAAUUGAGAAACAGAUUUUUUUUUCCAAGAUUUUUGAAAGUUUCAAUAUCUUCGCGAGAAAAUCCAAUAACUUACACGGGUUCGGUUUUGCUGUCCUCGGCACACUUUCAAGUGCAAGAUCGUUUGGUGAAGAUCUUCCAAAGAGGUCACCAUGACACUCAGCAGUUUUGGAAUUCCGGCUGCGUUCAUCUUUCCGUCGACUAACCGCAAAUCAAUAAGAGUCGGCUGCGUUUGGAACUUUCAGGAUGCUUGUACAGAAUGUUUCAAGUUCUUUGCACAAACACGCUUACUUUCUCUCUCACUUUAACCGCGUACUAAUUUGAGACUAAUUGUUUCUCCUCAACAAAACAAAACAAAAAAAUCUCUGGAUGUCAACAAAUUUCUCUAACGAUCGUGCAAGUCCGUGAAUUUUUGAACGAAGUUACAUAUAUGUUUUGAAAGUCUACACCUAAGUGUAACUCAAAUUCUUUUUUAACGAGAGGUAAACGCUUUCGUCCGAUUUGAAAUGAUGGAACGUCUAAAAACGUCUUUUCCACCCUUCCACCCUUAAGCUGUCGCGCGAGCGGUGUAUCGCGGAAAAGCGCUCGUUGGCACAACCCAAGCAACAAUGAAAUGCUGCAGAACUUUCGUAUCAGAGAUGUGCCAAUUUGAGCGGCACAAUGCCCGCGGUUUCAGAAUGAGCGAACGCACGGAACACGUGCGUCGUCGAGUAGAAUGGUAGGUAACUGUGCCAAAUUUAAUCAUUCAGUAGCCGGCUACGUCACUGACAUCAUAGCUGCGCUCGUUGCGCGCUUGAUAAUCUAUGGAUUCAGAAGAAUGUGCGAAAGAUAUGAUUGUAUCUAAUUGCUUUAAAUUUUGUAAUGUAUAUUUUAUACAUCUCUUUAUGUA